UCUCAUGUUCUUUGUUUCAGGCUGAUGGAAAACUACACCUACAACAGCUUCACUCUCCACCUGGAGGGGCUAAAGGUCACAAGGGACUCCGUGUACCCUGUCUUUCUCUUCUUCUUUUUCUCCUACCUGUUGAUAAUGUUUGCCAAUGUGGGCAUCAUAGCCCUGGUGUAUAUUGAGAAAAGCCUUCAUCAGCCUAUGUAUUUCCUUUUCUGCAAUCUGCCAAUCAACGACAUCCUCGGUAACUCUAUCAUGGUGCCCCGGCUGCUUGCAGACGUGCUGGUGCCUCCCUCUGAACGCCUCAUCAGCUAUUACGAGUGUGUGGCCCAAGCCUUCACCACACACAUGUUCGGCACCACCUCUCACACAGCGCUCAUGAUCAUGGCCUUUGACAGGUAUGUGGCCAUCUGCAAUCCCUUGCACUAUUCUGCCAUUAUGAACAACAAAAUGGUGCUGAAGCUGACUGCCUGUGCUUGGGGAGUGGCCUUAGUUUUGGUGGCUGUUCUGCUCGGUCUGACCGUUCGACUGAACCGAUGCAGGACUGUGAUCACGAAUCCUUUCUGUGACAACGCCUCGCUGUUUAAGCUCUCCUGCGAAAGUGUGUUCAUCAAUAACGUCUACGGCCUCACCUUCACCGUGGUGCUGUUCACAGCUUCUAUAGGAUGUAUGGUUCUCACCUACACAAAGAUCACAGCGGUCUGCCUGAUCAGUAAGAACAGGUCUUUGAACAGUAAAGCCUUAAAGACCUGCAGCACUCAUCUCUGCCUGUAUCUGAUUAUGAUUGUAUGUGGCGGGGUCAUCAUCACCCUGCAUCGCUUCCCUCUCUACUCAGACUACAGGAAACUCGCCGCCAUUCUGUUCCACAUUAUCCCCGGCAGCCUCAACCCCAUUAUUUAUGGGGUGCAGUCCAAAGAGAUCCGCAAACUCUUGUCAAAUAUGUUCCAGCCCAGAAAAGUUUUGCCAUCAUUUUAA